AUGAAAAUAAUACUAUUGCUGCUUUUCUUUUUUAUUUUUAAUAAAAGCGUUCUCCUCAAAAAGACAUACGAUAUUCCUUUAAUAAAUUAUGAAAUGAUUCCUUUGCAAAGGUGGAAGGUAUCGGCAAAAGAAUUAGCAAAAUUAAAGGAAAAUUUAAAAAUUUUUAUAACAUCAGAAAUUCAGAAAGAAGGAACUACCUUGCUUCGAAAAUAUUAUAAAGAAUUUUAUAUUUCAAAUGAAAACAACGAGAAUGAAAUGGAAGUUGAAAGAUCUUCCUCUGAAAAGGAAAGCAAAAGUUCUCCAUUCCUAGGGAACACAAAAAUGGCAAAUGAAAAUAAGAGAAAAGAAUCACUGGACAUAAAUGGUCCAAUAUUAUUAAUUUAA